CGUGAUGGGUCAGUACGUGUCAGCUCAUGGCGACGUGAUCAGCCACGUGAACAUCAGCAGCGUGCGUGUGGCUGACGGAGGAUUGUAUCAAUGCACGGCUCACAACACGGCUGGUCAAGCGCAUCAUUCUGCUCGCCUCAACGUCUACGGACCUCCGACCAUCCGCCACGUGGGGCAACUCACGGCCGUCGCAGGCCAAACCUUGAGUGUCACCUGCCCCGUCGGCGGCUAUCCCAUCGACAAAAUUACCUGGCAAAAAGACGGCAUGCAGCUUCCGGCGACGCAUCACCAGCGCGUGCACGUCAACGGGACGCUGACGAUCGCUGCGGUCACGCGGGCGGGUGACGAAGGCAGCUACUCCUGCACGGCGCUCGACAAGCAGGGCCGCUCCGACCACCAGACGCUCCACAUUCAAGUUAAAGUUCCCCCCAGGCUGGCGCACAUCUACUUCGUUGGGGAGAACAGCGCUGGAUUGCGGACCCAGGCCACGUGUCUCGUGCUGGGGGGCGACACGCCCAUCACCCUCACCUGGUCCAAAGACGGCACUCAGCUCGAGCAAACUUCCAACGUGGUCAUCACGCACGUUAAUGAGUUCACUUCACUUCUUGCCAUCGAGAAAACCAGCGGCGAGGACUCUGGCAACUACUCAUGCACAGCCUCGAACUCGGCUAUGUCGACCACUGUUUCAGCGCAACUGACAGUCAGUGUGCCGCCCGAGUGGGUGCAGGAGCCUGAGGACGCGAGUGUUGCGCUGGGCGCGGCGCUGGAGCUGCCCUGCAGCGCCAAGGCUUUCCCCAGACCAUCAGUGAGCUGGCGACAACAGACACCCUCGGGUGGCUGGGGCGGCAUCAGCCAGAAGUACGGCGACCAGGACAAGCAGGAGGCCCCCUACGCCGUGACCACGGGAGACGACAGCCAGCGGCCAUAUUCAGGCACUGAAUACAGGAGUCCAUAUGAGAGUGGAGGCAGAAGUGUGCUGACGAUCGUCCGAGCGACCAGAAAGCACGAAGGCCGCUACCUUUGUCAAGCCUCGAACAAUGUCGGCAACGAACUUGCCAAGCUUGUCACCAUCACAGUCCUCGAGCCCCCCUGGUUCCCGGAGGGGGGGCAGGUGACGGUGGAGGUGGAGGCGGGGGUGGCCGCGACGCUCGAGUGCAGGGCGCGGGGCGACGCGCCGCUCACCGUUGUCUGGAGCUACCGCGGCGACGCCAUUGCGCCUUCCGAUAAGUACAAAGUGCAGUCUGUUCGUGAGGAGCUUGAGGAAGUUUCUCUUUUGACUGUAAAUGCUGCGUCUUCAGACGACAGCGGCUCGUACCAAUGCCGAGCAUCAAAUGUGCACGGCGUGAAUACCUACACCGUCACACUCAGUGUGCAGGAUGUGCCGUCUCCUCCAACUGAAGUGAGUUUAAUGGAAAUUGGGUCUCGCUACGUUAGUCUCAACUGGUCAACCACGGCGUCCAUCACCGGCACUCUUACCAAUUACAUUGUGACCUACACUUCUGACUCUAACGUGGCCGGGGAGGUGCGAGUGGCGAUGCCUCCUGCGCGCGUGGACGGGCUGGUGCCGGCGACGGGCUACUUGCUGCGGGUGGCGGCCGAGAACAGAGUUGGCCGCAGCGAGCCUUCCGCCGACGUCAGGGUUGUCACCCUUGAAGAGCCGCCGGAGGGGCCUCCACUUAAUCUUAAAGUAGCGGGAAGAACAUCUACCAGCAUCAGUCUGCGCUGGGAUCCUCCACAACGCAACCUCAGCCACGGGGUCAUAUUGGGCUACCACCUCGGUUUCAGGGAGAACGGAUUUAUCAACGGAGCUGAUGUGAGGCCGUACAAUUUCACCAUCGUUGUCCUGCCUGGGCCGAGUCAAUCGUACCAGGAGCUUUCCAUUAUGGCAACUCCGGGCCUCAGUCUACCCCCCGCCGCUCCUGAGAUCGACCCCACCAAUUUGUUGUCGUCUAAUACCAUGACUCUGGCGCCCACGGUUGUCGGCAGUGUCGUGGAAGUUACCCUGGCAGGACUGCGUCCCUACACUCGGUACGCGUUGGUACUUCGUGCUUUCAAUUCCAAAGGAGCAGGACCUUCGUCGGCUGCGGUCACGACGAGAACUUUGGAGGACCGUCCCAGUGCGCCUCCCCAGCAGGUAAGCUGCGAGCCCGCGUCGUCAUCAGGCGUCGUGGUGAACUGGCUGCCUCCACCAGAGCAUCUCGCCAACGGCGUCAUCAUCACCUACAGACUCACAUAUUCACCUACUUCUGACCCACUGACAGCAAUCAGUGACGGAAGUUUUGACGCAGGGCUCCAUGCAUUUUCAGGCUCAACAAGGGAUUCAUUGAGCCCUGUCUCAAGAGGCACUCCGACAUCUGGACUGCAAUCAGGAAUAGCAGCAGGCAUGGUGGUUGUUGUGGUUGAAGGCUUGUCCACGAAACUCUCCAACUUGCGGCCGUACACGCGCUACAGCGUCGUCGUGACUGCCGCUACCGUCGUCGGCGAGAGCAACGCUAGCCAGCCUGUGUUCUGCACCACCAUGGAAGACAGACCGUCAUCACCGAGCAGCGUGAAGGCUGUGGUGGCCGGGCCCGCAAGUGUGAUGGCGUCCUGGCGUACACCACAACAUCGUAACGGACGAAUAACGCACUACAGCGUGUGGGUUGCUGCUCACACCGGCGCAGGGCGUGGCAGGGACAGUGCCAGGCUCAUCGUCACACCCACACAGAAAGUGAAGGCUGGGGUGUGGUCUGUGGGAGGUCCCCUGACGGUCGCCUGGAAGCAGGACGUGACGCUCGCCUGUAGGACCGUUGGUGAUCCGCCUGUGCGCCGCGCCUGGUCCUAUGAAGACUCCAGCCUACCGGAAGACAGCCGUCUAAGUUUGGCUACGGACGGCGGCGUACGGCUGCUGGACGCGCAGCGCAGCAACAGCGGCCGCUACACCUGCACCGCCACCAACACCCACGGCAGCGACAGCGUCACCUACCACCUCAGUGUCAUCAUGCCGCCUUCACCGCCCCUGCUGCACGUGACAGAGACGACAGCGUCCUCUGUCCGCCUCCAGUGGACGGUGGCCGACGACGGAGGGGCGCCCGUCCAUGGCGCCACGCUCUAUUAUCGGUCUGCCGGCGGAGAGACACUGGAAAUGAACAUGUCAACCAACAGUCACACUGUCACUGGUCUGAAAUGCGGCAGCUUGUAUCACUUCUUCUCUACAGUGCGUAACAUCAUCGGCAGCAGCGAGUCAUCAGAGGUGGUGGAGGCACGCACGAAGGGCCGCGCCCCUGAACCUCCCCCGCAGUUCCAGUUCAUCACGAGCAACAGCACCCAAGCGACGCUCUACCUCACCCAGUGGGAGAACGGAGGCUGUGACAUCACCCACUUCCUGGUGCAGUACCGCAAGCUGCACAGC